CGCACUCCAUGUGUUCAUUCACGAGCCUCCACUGCAGCGGCCGCACUUCUGUGCUGCUCUUUUUUGGCCAUUAAAAGAAAUCUCCGUCGGCUGGUGGCUGCCAGUUCCUCCCUCGCUUGCCCGCCCAUUCACUCCCUCUCUCUCUCUCGUUUUUUUUUUUUUUUUUUUUUAACACACAUAAAUUGGAGGCCAGAAACAGAAACCUUCCAUACUCAAGUGUCGCCUUCUUAUUUAUUGAGACACCGCCGUGCGUUUUCUCUGUCCUUCCUUCAUGCAGCUCUCCGCAGCAGCGCUCCUUCUUCCCUUGGCCGUCGGGUUACACCACGGCUGCUUGGGGGCGAGUAUUCUGGCCGUGCCCGUGGACGCUAGUCACUGGAACACCAUGAAAGUGCUCAUUUUGGAGCUGGUGAAUAGAGGCCAUGAGGUCACGGUGCUCAGGCUCUCCAACACCUACUACACGGACGAGGCGUCUUCCGAUUUCCACAUUGAAACGGUGCAAUUGCCCCAGCACAAAGCCAGGAGCAAGGAUGAAAUUGAGCAGGUGUCUCUGGCCUCGAUCUUGCAGAAGGCUUUCAAUGACGAGCCACGUUUCCUCUCCGCGUUCUGGAACAUUCUGGAAUCAAUCCGAAGGAUAACUGGAGAUUAUGUAGUGGGCAUUGAGAGCACUUUUGAAAACAGUACACUGCUGGGACGGCUGCAGGAUGCUCAGUUUGAUCUUGUUCUUGCAGAUCCCUUCUACCCGGGAGGUGCCAUUCUUGCCCGCUACCUCAACUUGCCCAUCAUUCAGUUUGGAAGAUGGUUGCCCUUUGAAGAUGUGCACUUUGCUGUUGCUCCAUCUCCCCUCUCUUUUGUUCCAGUAUUGAAUUCUAGACUUACUGACAGAAUGACAUUUUCGGAAAGAUUGCAAAAUGUUUUCUUGUAUAUCCUGGGGGGCAUACUGGGCCAAGUGUACAUAUACUCUACUUAUGACCGGUUGUGCUAUCGCUACCUGAAAACGGGAGAAACUAUGUAUGAUCUUUAUAAGAAGAGUGACAUCUACUUGGUAAAAAUGGAUUUUGUUUUUGAAUUCCCCAAACCCACUAUGCCCAAUCUGGUGUACAUUGGUGGUUUCCAGUGUAAGCCUUCUGAAUCCCUGUCUCCAGAGUUGCAGAAGUUCCUGGAUGAUGCCGACGAAGGGGUUGUCAUUUUUUCUUUGGGCACCUUGACUAAAACUCUGCCUGCACAUGUUGCUAUGGAAGUGGCCGCUGGAUUGGCAAAGCUUCCUCAGAGGGUUAUCUGGCGAUACGUUGGCAAGAAACCUUCCAUGUUGGGUAACAACACAAUGCUUCUCGAGUGGCUUCCCCAGAAUGACCUACUGGGACACGGCAAGAUCAAGGCAUUUAUAGCACACGGAGGAGAAAAUGGGUUGUACGAAGCCAUUUACCAUGGAGUGCCAGUCAUUGGAAUCCCUCUGUUUGGAGACCAAUAUGAAAAUAUUUUGCGUCUUAAAGUAAGAGGAGCAGCAAUUCUUUUGGAGAACUUGAAAUAUUUGACAAGGGACCAAAUUUAUAAUGCUGUCAAAACCAUUACUGAAGAUCCAUCCUACAGGUACAAUAUGAAAAGGCUCUCGCGCCUGCACAGAGACACUCCAAUUCAUUCUAAAGAGCUUGCUGUGUUUUGGGUAGAAUAUGUGGUACGAAAUAAAGGAGCUCAGCAUCUCCGAGCAGCAAGCACAGAGCUCCCCACCUACCAGUACCUGCUGGUAGAUGUUUUUGUACUGUGUUUUAUUGUUCUAGUAUUUUUUGUUUAUUUUAUUUGGACCAUACUGAAAUUAAUCAUUAGGAAAAUGCAAUUUUUCAGAAAAAAGAAAACUGCUUAACAGUAAAAUUACCAACUGAAAUACUGCUUCAGGUUACAUCAAGAGGCUACAUUGCCUCAUUGUACUUUGCAACAGAUCUGUGGUUUUGCAGCACAAAUGCUUAUGAGCAGGCAAGGUCUUUAGCAACCUUAAAGAACUGUGGUUGUUUCAGUAAAUGUCUGGCAAAUUCAGGAAAUUUAUCAGCUGUGAGUAGCCUGUGUGUGUGAAAACGUUGCCUUAAGAAGUGGCCACAAACACGUUGCAGUUUUGGGUAGAUGACAGGUCUAGACAUUUUAUUUCCCCACAGCAUUUUAUACAAUCAGCGUCUUCAGAGGUGGCAGCUAUUGCCUGUGGUUCAGGGUGCCCAUGUAAGAGGGAAUGUGGCUGGAUACUCCGUUUAGAAAGAAGCCUGUGCUCAAUUUAAAAAUUCCUUUUAGGAGUUUUCACUAGGCUCCAGCUCCCUGUGACCCCUGAAUUCACAAUGUUGUGCAGCCUAUUAGGUUAGUGCUGUCACAGCACAGUUUAUUUAUAAGAGACACAUUUGUUGAGCUAUUUUAAGUAGCAAUUUAGCUAAAUUUACAGAUGACUUUCUAACUGUUUCAGUGCAAGUUAGCAACUUACCAAAGAAAACAAAAACAUCCAUGCUGGAGAACAAAAUAUUAUAAAAAGACCACCAUUAAAUAUAUAGAAACACAACCAGAAACUACCUUUCGGCUUCCAUUAAAGGGGUCAUCAACUUUUAAAAUUCAGAGUCAAGAAAAGGCACUGUAAAUAACUUCAGCCUUAAUCUGCUUUAUUGUACGCAAAUAGUCAUUUGACUUUAACAUCUAUUAAAGUUCAUUCUGUCAAACUUGUUAUUUAAAGACUUAAACUGUCAGUUUUUUUUAAGGUCAGUUUUUAUCAUAAUUAUAAUUUCAACAGUUGCAGGAAGUGUAAAUAAAAAUGACCACUACAUG